AUUAUCCCACCUCCGGAAUGGAAACCAAGAGAGCAGGGCUAUGAUCUAAAUGAUAUUCAUAUCAAAAUACCUGCUCCUAUUUGUCAAGUGGUUACUGGGAAGCAAGGAUUGUAUCAGCAAAUAAACAUACAGAAAAAAGCAAUGUCUGUUGUGGAGUACCAUAAACUUGCGUCUUCUGCCAAAUACUGUACACCUCCACACUUCGAUUUUGAAGAUUUGGAGAGGAAAUACUGGAAGAACAUUACAUAUAAUCCGCCCAUUUAUGGAGCAGAUGUCAGCGGAACCUUAACUGAUGGGACUGUUGACGAAUGGAACAUAAAUCGACUUGGUACAAUACUUGAUUAUGUUAAUGAAGAUUAUGGGAUUUCAAUUGAAGGAGUAAAUACUGCUUACUUGUACUUUGGAAUGUGGAAAACAACAUUUGCUUGGCAUACUGAGGAUAUGGAUUUGUACAGUAUAAAUUAUUUACACUUUGGUGCUCCAAAAACCUGGUAUUGCAUUCCUCCUGAGCAUGGUCGAAGACUUGAAAGACUUGCAACUGGAUUUUUUCCAGGAAAUAGCAAAUCUUGUCCUGCUUUUCUUAGACAUAAAAUGACUAUUAUCUCUCCACAUGUACUUAAGCAGUAUUCUAUACCCUUUAAUAAAAUCACACAGGAAGAGGGAGAGAUAAUGAUUACUUUUCCUUAUGGCUAUCAUGCUGGUUUUAAUCAUGGUUUUAAUUGUGCAGAAUCAACUAAUUUCGCCACAACACGGUGGGUUGAAUAUGGAAAACGGGCAAUACAGUGUUUAUGCAGGCCAGAUAAUGUUAAAAUUUCCAUGGAUACAUUUGUGAAGAGAUUUCAACCAGAAAAAUAUGAUCUCUGGUUGACUGGAAAAGACUUUGGACCUCAUCCUGAAGACCCAACGCGGUGUACUCUUGCACCCCCUCCUUCUUCAAAUGAUAUCCUCUGUAGUAAAGGAAAUAUUGGGUCAGAGCCAUUUAUAAUGGAAGGCAAUAAGAGAGUUCCUGCUAUGAAGAAACAAGAAGAAGAUGAAAUACCUAGUGAAGUGAAGAGGGUAUUAGAAGAACUUGAAUUUGAAGAAGAGUCUCCUGAUGAAGAGCAAAUUCAAGUUCUUGAAGAUAUUUGGCUCAAGGCUGGUGAAAUUGAAUUAGAAGAAGCUUCUUUGGUUGAUGCUGGCUAUGAAAUGAAUCAAAAAAGGAAAAGAAAGAAAUCAGAUCCAAAAAGACCUAGAGGUAGGGGUUGUAACAAAAAAAUUAAAUUAAAGGAUAAAGAUAAAAUUGAAGUAACACAACUUCAAUCAGAAUUAGAAAAGUGUUUAGAAGAGUAUGAAACUGUUGACAUCAAAGCUCCAAUAGAUAUUGUUGAAGAUGACCUACCACCUUUACCUUCUAGUCCUUACCCAUCACUAUCAAAUACAGAAAAUAAUAUCAAUUCAAAUCUUAUUGAAACGAAACCAUCUAUCAGUAGUUUACCGUUUAAGGGCACAAAUAUUCCAGUUAUAGAAAAGAAGCCUAGACAGCGUAAGCCACGAGAACCAAAAGAUCCUUCUCAAGUAACAAAAAGACGAAUUAGAGUUAAAAAAGAAAAGGAUCAUGAUCCUAAAAAGGGUUUAUUGAAAAGAGUUAAAAAAGAGUCAAAUGAAAAUGCUAUGAAAAACAUUACAAGUUUGAUUUCUAGUAAUACAGAAGCUUUCAAUAGUAUGAAUAUUAAUCAUUUAUCUGACAAUGCUGUUUCCGAAAGAAGUAUGUUAGACGACACCCUUUCAAUAAACUUGAAUUUUUCAAAUUUUAUGGAGUCUUCCAGAGAUUCGGGACAGUUAAUUGUGAAUCAGGAAGUAGAAAUUAGUUCAGAACCUUAUUUAGGACAUUCUAAGUCUAGUAUCACUAAUAAAAAUGGUAUGAUAAAGGAAGAGCCUAAUGGAGAUUGCCUGUCUAGUCAUAAUGACCCUCAUUAUUAUUCUGAUAAGGGUGAUUUUCCUGUGAUAAAAGUAAAGAACAUGCCAGAAGACACAAAUUCAUUAUUGAGCAGAUCUCUGCUAACACAGAAUAACGAAUUAACAGUUACUCGUGUAGCAAACAUUGAAAAAACCGAAAACCAGAAAUUAUCCAGACCAGUUAUGUUAACUGUGCCUAAAUUUGUCAAAGUCCCUAGUAUCCAAAAAGAUAACAAAACCAAUAAUGCUGUUCCAUCAGGAAGUAAUAACAUUGAAAAUAUAGAUAAUCCUAAGAAAAUUGUUCUUAUCAAAAGACCCAGUGGAAAUAAGGGUGAAGUUAAAUGUUUUCUAAAACCAUUAAAUUCUGAAACGUAUUCCAUAUUACUAAACAAUAAAAGUAAAACUAAUAAACCAAAAGUAGUUCUUCUCAAUCAACCAUCAGUGUUGCCAAGUCAGAAGAGUGUGUUAUCCCCUCCAAAAUUCACUGCUCCAUCUAUUCCUACUUCUCCUAAUACACACAUUUCUCCUAUGGCUAAGCUAUCUACAUCUCCAGAAAGUAUUAGAGUGAAAUCUGAUGCUCAAUUGUUUGUCAGUAGUUCACCUAGUCACUUAGAUAGAAGUACACCAACUUCUUUCGAUCACCAAAAAAACCUUUUCAAAUUGUCUCUGUGUUCUAAAACUGUGUCAGAUAAAUCUUCGCCUCAUACAUCACCUCAUACUUCACCAAUCCCAAGGAUAUCAGUAGCAAAGAAUAUAUUUAAUAGUCCAAGUAUAAAUAUCCAGUCCAUGAUAAAUCAAGAAGUACCUUUGAAACAAGAAACAGAAACAGAUCCUUUAGCUGUUUCAGCUAGAGUAGAAGACGGUUAUCAAGAAAAUUUAGGCUACCCUCAUGUCGACCUCUAUGGUAGGGUUGACCUUGUUGAAAGUUCAAAUUUUGAUAAGCUUUCCCAAGAUCUCCAAACUCCUUCUGUUGAAAGAGCUUAUAAUUUAUUUUGGAGUUUAAAAGAACCUCACUGUGCUGUGUGUGUUUUGUUUUCAAAGACUGAAGAAACAUCUGAGGUGGUUAUUAGAAUGCCUCAAGACUGGAUGAAAAAUGCUAAAGAAACCCAGUUACCACAAAGAAGCAGGGUAAUAACAUGUUCAACUUUAUUUUCUGAGGAUCGAACAAAGCCAUUAACAUCUCAACUAUUAGUGUGCAGUGAAUGCAGAGUAUGUGUUCAUGCUGCCUGUUAUGACAUAAACAACAAGUCAUGUUUAUCUAAACCUUGGAGAUGUGACAAAUGUGAUUGUUUAGAUACAGGACUGUAUAAGAGUUGUCAUUUAUGUGGUCUAUCUGGAGGAGCUAUGAAAAAAAGUGUUGAUUAUGGUUGGGUACAUAUCCAAUGUGCUACCUUCCUCCCAGCUUCUCAAUUGAAAAUUCAUGGAAUAAAAAAUACCCCUAUGAAAAGUUUAAUUACUAACAGACCAUGUUUCAUAUGCACCAAACCACAAGGAACUGUUCCAUGCUGUGAUACAAAAUGCGGUUUGUGGCUUCAUGUUACGUGUGGUAUGAUCACAGGUGUUAGAAUAUGUCCAAAUCUUUGGCCUGGAACAAGAUUUCUGGUUACCUGUUUGAGCCAUUCUCAUGUUCACAAUACGAUGUGCGGCAUUCAGAUUGGUAUAGAAGUGUUUGCAAAACAUUCCUUUAAUGACAGAUUUUACAAAGGUGUUGUCACAGCAAUAUAUAUUGAACAGUUUUUUACUCUUCUGUUUGAAGAUCACUCAUUCAUGGAUGUUAAUAGAAAUUCAGUAGUUAAUUGCACGGCUGGAAUUCCUGAACCUGGUUCAGCAGUUAAAUGUCGUUUGAAGGGUGUUCUUUAUGACACUACAUAUUUGCGUUCUAAAUCAAAGAUUAUGUAUAAUAUUGAUUUUGAAAGCAUGCCACAAAUCAGUGUCACGAGUGAUGAUAUUGUCUGUUUAGAACAAAAAAAUUUAUUUGAGCUGGAAUCACGAACUAAGUGAGU